ACUUUCUAUAAAUCCAAACACAUUCAAUUCAACACAAGACAUAAAACUACACACACAUAUAUAUACCAUUACACCUCUCUCUUUCUCUCCUUGUCCAUCACUUGGUUCUCUUUUCUGGGUUUCAUUUUCCUGGAAAAGAAAGUUAUUAGUCCAAGCUGAGAAAAUGAAGUACAAGUAGUGCUUCUCCCGAUUUAAGUUUGUGGUGAAGGGAAAUCUCUUUUUUACGUCAAAGUUGCUUCUUCUUCUUUCAUUUUCUUUUUCGGGAAAAUAAUGGAGGAACAAAAGCUGGAGCUGAGGCUUGGUCCUCCAGGAGAUCAUGACAGUGCUCUUCUAACUCUUGGUUACAACAGCAAUAAUAAUAGUUGUGGAAUCAAAAGAGGUUUAGAAAGCACUCUUCUUGAAGUGAAAACUGGAGGAGAGAGAAAUUGGCUGACAAACAAUAAGUCUACAGGUUCCACAAAUACAGAGAAAAGAAUUGCGGUGGCUCCAGUUGUCGGGUGGCCUCCAAUUGGCUCUUUUAGGAAGAACCUUGCAACCAGCAGCUCUCCAAAGGCAGCAUUUGAAUCACCAAAUGAGGUUUCAAAGGUUUUAUUAAGUGAAAAUGUUGAAAAUCCUGGGAACAGCUUGUUUGUGAAAGUCAAAAUGGACGGAGUACCCAUUGGAAGAAAAAUAGACCUCAAAGCAUAUAAUAACUAUGAAACACUUUCCUCUGCUGUGGAUGAACUGUUCAGAUCUCUUCUGGCAGCACAAAUGCAUCACUCUGUCAAUUUAGAGGGAGAAGAAACGGUGGAAACGAAAGGCAUAAGUGGAUUAUCCGAAGGGAAUGGGGAAUACACCCUAGUUUAUGAGGAUAAUGAAGGAGACAGGAUGCUUGCUGGGGAUGUUCCAUGGCACAUGUUUGUGUCCACGGUGAAGAGGCUUCGUGUGCUGAAAACAUCUGAACUUUCAUCUGUGCGAGUAAACAGCAAGAAGCUUGGACAGGCACAAUCUGGUUCCGAAACAAAGGCAUGAAGACAAAAGUGAAUUCAAAGUACAAAAAUCUCCAUCCUCUAAAGUCCCUGCCUUUGGGAUAUUCACAUUUUAAUAAUAUAUAUUAUUAUUGCAUCACUCUCUAGAUGCAAAAAAAAAAAAA